AGACAGAAGCAGGGCGGAGAGACGCUGGGAGGCAGUAGGACCCGUGCCUGGGGCACACACCCGGGACCCUGCGGCCUGGUUUCAGGCUGUGCUCUGCCACGUGCCCCCCCCCCCCGCCCCCGGCAAGGCUCCGUGCCAACGGCUUACCCUCUCCCAGCCUCUGUUCCCGAUCUGUAAAGUGGGGGUAUGGCGUGCAGUUGAUUGCAGGGGUAUUGGGAAAAUCUGGCGUGGUGCUAACUGAACGGUUUGCCCCAGGGCCUGGCACGGGGGCAAGGCCUUAAGAAAAUGCUGGCUCUGCUUGCUAGUCCUCUGCCAAGUUCUUCCUUGUUCCUUCCUAACAGAAUGAUUCAAGGGCUGGUUGUUGCAAAUAUUUUCUUCUCUCCAGUGUUUGCUUUUGGCCCACUUCGAGAUCCGAAUUAGAGCCUCGUCAUGCAGGGAAGGGAGCAUGACAGAACUUUGGAAUUAGUCCCCACGUCUGCGUGGAGCAGUGUUGUCCGCCUCUCUUCGGAUGACUCAGGAGCCCGGAGAGGCGAGGGACCCAUCAUCUGCCACACAGUGAAUAAGUAGGAACAUCGGGGAUUGAGCCCAAGCGAGCCUGCGAUUCCAUGGGUCCCCACCCCACGUGCCACUGCCCAUGGGGCUGAGGCGUGACCCCGAGCAUCACUGAGCCUGGGAGAGGGGUGAGCUUUACAACAAGCUUCUCUAGGACGGUGGGAGAAAGCUGUUCCUGGCCUUGUCCUGCGCAUGCGCGUAAAGGACGUCGCAGAAGGAAAGGAAAAGCAGAUGAGUAAACUGUUUGUUUUCGAGGCUCGCAAUAGGCUCCAGGGGUGAAGGAUGCCAAACCCUGAUGGUGUGAAUCGGGAUUAUCCGCAGUGUCUCUGUCCUGGCUGUCCUUACCCCUCUUUAUGAUGAACAAUGGUCAAGAGAGGCCCCUACUCCUCUAUUCGGGUGCCCUGCUGACUCCCAGGAAUGGGAGCUGUUGUACCCCAUCUCUUAGAGCCUGUCUAUCCCAAGGUUAUUACCAAGAGCUGACGGAGGUAGAGGUGGGGAGGCUGAGCACGAGGUGAAGAAUAAGGAGGCUGGAGAGAGACUGGGGAUGAAGUUGGGCUUAGGGAAGAAGAAGCAGCUGCAGCCCCAGGCUCCCAGACUCCCGGCGUGGCAUUGAGUCGGCUCCACCGAAGUCCUCUGGGUCCCCUGGCCGGAAGCCAGCCUGACGUGUGGCCGAGCGCUCACUGAGCCUGGGCUGUGGCCAUCGGACACUGGGGAUGGGGCUUCCACACUGACAUCCAACGUCCUUUGCACCUGCCUAUCAGACCCCACAUGCUGCCUGAGAACACGGACAAGGAAGAGAAGAAAGGCAAAUUCAGAUCCCGGAGAGUCCUCUCUGAAAGGGAGGAGGUAGAUGUCAUCUCCAGGCUGGAGGGGAGUGGGGGGGAGUUGAGCUCUGGGGCCCAAAGGACUGGGCUCAACUCCUCCUCCCUCCCUGUGUGGCUGGGGCGUCCAUGCACACGUCUGCUGGUUGUGACGAUACAGCGCAACAUGAGGAAGUGUGUGGAACGUAGUAGGUGCCCAGCAGACAGCUCCUUCCAUCUUCCUCCUCGUAAUGAAUCAGGUGCGGGGAGAGGACCAGCGCCUGGAGAACGGAGAACGCUGCUGCGUCAGAGCGGGAACGAUGGCAUUAAUCACAAGGACAGAUGGUGAUGGAGCACUCAUUAAGUGUUGGCUGCGUUAAGUGAUGCCGCCCACACCCUCUGUUUUACCCCCCACAAGAGCCCGACGAGCUGGAGACUGUUAUCCCCAUUUUACAGAUAAGCAAACUGAAGCUGAAGUUGGAAACUUGUCUAAGGUCUCUCCACCUGUGAGCUGGCAGAGCCGGGAAGCAAACCCACAUCUCCAAUAUUCUGAACUACAGCCCUGUCCUACGUUGGACAGGGGUGGGGGGAUGGCGUGGAGAGAGACAGCCCCAGAGAGGGCAGCCCUGGGCCCCCACCCCUCAGCAUUGCCAGAUUGGAGGCUUCACACCCAGGAGGGCUGAGGGAGUGAGCGGGGGACUCUGGGGUCAGACAAGCCUGCAUCUGUUCCUAGCUAGCUUGAUGACUUAAUUUGCUGUCUGUCUUCGGGGACGUUUCUCAGCUCUGAAACCUCUUUUUUCUCAUCUGCAAGAUGGGGAUAAUAUUCACUACCUGACCGACGGCUUUGGCUGAGCGCCUGGCCCAGCAUCGGUGCCCAGGGAAUGGGCAGUCCCUGCCAGGCUUCUGAAACAGACGUGCCUCCUCCCCGCCCCGCAACAAACUGCCUGUCUGCUGUUGACUGAGAGGAGAAGCAUGUUCUUUUCCAAACCCAGAGACCCCCCCCCCCCACCUUCAAGUUGCUGCUGGCAUGGGCCGAGGGCUCCCAGGAGCUGCCUUGUUGGCACCUCCUUCCGAGCCAGAGUCAGGGAGACCCCUGCCUGAAUCCUGACCCAGCCACCUGCUACCACCCUCCGACCUGCUCAGCCAGAAGCUACCCAGGGACAAAGAAGAGCACAGAGACAGCAUGGCCUGGCAGGGGCUGGUGCUGGCCGCCUACCUCCUCGUGCUCCCCUCCGCCAUGGCGGACUGCCUGACCCGGUGCUCCUUGUGUGCUGUGAAGACCCAGGACGGGCCCAAGCCUGUCGACCCUCUGAUUUGUUCCCUGCAAUGCCAGUCCACUCUGCUACCGGCUGAGGAGUGGGAGACAUGCCAAGGCCUUCUGUCCUUUUUCACCCCCUUCACCUUCGGGCUCAAUGGCAAAGAAGACUUGGAGACCAAGGCCGCUUUGGAGGAGUCCUAUAGUGAGCUGGCCAAGCGCUCUGGGCCCUUCCCGAAGGAGCUUGAGAAAAACAGAUUUCUCCUCAGCACCCCGACAGAGGAGAAUGCCCUGAGCAGGAGCCUGGCGGAGAAGCUCCGGGGUUUCUCUGGCAGGUUGGGUGAGGGAGGGGAGUCUGAGCUGAUGCGGGACACCCAGCUGAAUGAUGAUACCUUGGAGGCUGGGGCAUUGGAUUCCAAUGAGGAGGACAUCAAGGAGCAGGUCAAACGCUAUGGGGGCUUCUUGCGCAAAUACCCCAAGAGAAGCUCAGAGGUGGCUGGGGAAGGGGACGGGGACGGAGGUAGGGUGGGCCAUGAGGACCUGUACAAACGCUACGGCGGCUUCUUGAGGCGCAUCCGUCCCAAGCUCAAAUGGGACAACCAGAAGCGCUAUGGAGGUUUUCUCCGGCGCCAGUUCAAGGUGGUGACUCGGUCUCAGGAAGACCCCAAUGCCUACUCUGGAGAGCUUCUUGAUGGGUAAACCCCUCCCCAUCGUGGAGUUGAGUCAGGAGCUCCCCCUGACACCCUUCCAGAUUGGAGUGCCCUCAUCCAUCCUACCUUACAUCCCCUGUACCCAUGCUUAGUUCAGCUUGGUCUGCAAAACAUCCAAACCCAGCCUGCCUCUUUUCUGCCUGGGGUGCAGUGUUUGUCUGGAGUCAGCAAGGAGGAAGGAUGGAGGUUCCCCUCUCCAGUAGACUCAGUGCUUGGUCCCAACUCUAGAACAUUGAAACUACUGCCAACAGCAGCUUUUGCUAUUAAUCCCCCCCCAUUAAUGUGACUCCCCAGUUCCAGGAAUCCAGACUGACUUGUUCUUCAUCCCUCUAGAUAAAUAGCAAAACAAGAUAAAGAAACAAAUAGAAAUCCUAACACUUUAUCCCAAACCUUAAAGGAUCUCCUUGUGCUCCUCACUUUGGAGACCAUGCUUUAGGUAAAACGCUCAAAUGCAGCAUUUUAUUGGAGCAGGAAGUCCUACACUAGAGAGUUCAGUCCUCCAGUGGGCAUGUGUUCAGUUGUGUUCUCUGUGUUCUCAUCGUUUAGAAACACACCUCUCGAGGAACCCAGUUCCUGGACUCCAGUUCAUGUUGGUACCUUGGAUAGCACCCAACCCCUUGCGUGAGAGGAAGGGCGUGAAAACUGCUUCCAAAAGGGUAAUGAGAGCAGUUCUCCCACUGAAUACUGAAAUGAUCAGGAAGGGAGCAAGACAAACCAAUUUGCUCUGUGCAGCAAACUCAAAAUGUGGACCAGUUCCCUCAGCCCUCAUUAAACUAAUUAAUCAGAUCGGCAGCACACUCCUACCCCAGGAUGAACUGAAGCUGAGUCAAGUUGAUGAGGUUAAGCACAACCAUGUUCUUGAGCAGCUGAAUUGGCCGCCAAGAGUCUUAGCCAUCUGGCCAAACAUAUGCAUUGGGCAUUGGGUAAGGGAAUCCAGAAGCAACAGCUAGAAAGACAAAAAGGCCUUCUUCAACCCCUGUGAUGAUUCUUUCCUCUUGAUUUCUCAGAAUAAAACCAGAAAGAGGCAUGAAGUGAUUAAGUGCUUGAUGUCAAAUGAAUUCUCUUGAUUCAAAUAACCCAGAAUCAGAGGCAGAGACCUCCCAAUGUCUUGGUUUCAAUCAAAGUCUUCUCUCUCUGUUGCUCUUGCUCGCUCAUCCCCGGGCACUAUGGUUUGGUUUGUGGGUCCAGGAGGCUGGGCUGGAUAGGAGAGGAAAGGGUCUUGAGUUCAGUUAAUUUGUAUAAGAUGCUACUGAGCAUAAUUCUUCAUGCGCAACUCCCGGGUCCCUCAUGAUGUUCUGAAAUGUAUGGAUUGCUGUAGGGUUAACUUCGUGUGCUUUUAAAAAAUCCCACUUAUGCAAUUUACCCAGAAUUUGCUUAUUCCUUAGCAGGCCUAUGUUAUUUCCUACUCCUCCAGUGCAAUAAAUAAAAGAAAGAUGG